AUGGAGCCAGGAAAGCCUAUAUCCUUUGAUAUGUUCCGCAAUAUCGGACACUCUCAGGAUGGCACGUUUGAUUUCUUACUCAAGAAGAUCGAUACCGUCAAUCGAAACCAAGACAUCACCUAUUCCGACAAAGAUGAAGCCAACAUCUCAUCGCAGCUUUCUCUCGGCUUCAACUUGAAGUUUCCCACCGAGGGUCUCAGCUACUCCGCCAACAAGAAGGUAUCGAAGGUCCAAAUCAACGCUGUGGCCAAAGGACGCCGAUUGAUGAAUACCUCCAAUUUCCCUAUGGAUGUCUAUUCUGCCCACGCAAUCUUCAGACAAAAGACUGGCUGGGGUAUCGAGAAACUUGUCGUCUCAGCGGAUAUCGAUAUAUUUUUCUUCCGCUCCAGCCAGAGCGAAGUCUUGAUCAAAGUCCAUCCAGAGAAUCUAUCUUGCGAUCGGAAGAACCAUGUUGCCAUCUGGGAGUGCGUAAUGCAGAACCAGAUCUUGACACUCUCUGACAAUGUCCUCACAUUCAAUCCUACCAAACUUACCCAAACUCCAAACGAUCCUCUAUUCGUGCUCGAACAAUGUGAUCGUUCGACUGUUAGUUGUCGAGUAUAA